UCACUCUUGGUGGGAGGUGUUGCUCUGUGGGCACCGGCCCAGGCGAGGUCUGUGGGUGCAGCGGGUGGCACGGGCGACGGCCGGGGUGGCACUGGCUCUUUAAGGGCGACAUCACAAGGCUGCGGAAGGCCAGGCAGUGGUGGAACUCCAGGGCUGUGUCUGGAGCGUCUACGGCACUGGAUUUCCACCUCCGUGGGGCCGCAGGCCCAUACGUGAGCACCUAAAGACGUGGCCAUGGCCGAGAGGAGUGAGCUGAUGAACAGGCUCAUGAGUGAGAAUGCAGACCUGAAGAAGCAGGUGCGCCUCAUGAAGGAGAACCAGAUGCUGAAGCGUCUGCUCAGCGAGAGCUGCCAGGAGCGCUGUAGCCUUGGGAGCCGGGACCUGCUCUUCCCCAAGGCACCCGCCUACCCCGAGGACAGCUCCCCCGGGAGCGCAGGUGCAGACUUUGGAAGGUUCAGUGGCGUCCCUGAUGCACCCUCCCAGCUGCAGACGUCCUCCCUGGAGGACCUGCUGUGCUCACAUGCCCCCAUCUCCAGUGAGGAUGACGCCUCCCCUGGCUGUGCCACCUCCUCCCAGGUGCCCUUCAAGGCUUUCCUCAGCCCCCCAGAGCUGCGUGCACCCCGAGGCCCUGACAGGAAGCUGUCCCCGCUCCUGAACCCCUUGCAGGACCCGCUGGCAGACAAGACCCUGCUGGAGCCCAGGGAGAUGGUCCGGCCCAAGAAAGUGUGCUUCUCAGAGAGCAGCCUGCCGUCUGGGGACAGGACGAGAAGGAGCUACUACCUUAACGAGAUCCAGAGCUUCUCCAGCGCCGAGAAGGACGGGCGCAUCGUCGGGGAGAUCGCCUUCCAGCUGGACCGGCGCAUCCUGGCCUAUGUCUUCCCGGGAGUGACCAGGCUGUAUGGCUUCACCGUGUCCAACAUCCCUGAGAAGAUCAAGCAGACGUCCAUCAAGUCCCUGGACGGGUCGGUGGACGAGAAGAAGCUUCGUGAGCUGACACACCGCUACCUGAUGCUGACCGCGCGCCUGGAGAGGCUGGGUUACAACCGUGAGGUGCACCCGGUGUUCAGCGAGUUCCUCAUCAACACCUACGGCAUCCUGAAGCAGCGGCCCGACCUGCGCGCCGACCCGCUGCACAGCAGCCCGGCCGCGCUGCGCAAGCUGGUCAUCGACGUGGUGCCGCCCAAGUUCCUGGGCGACGCGCUGCUGCUGCUCACCUGCCUGUGCGAGCUCUCCAAGGAGGACCGCAAGCCGCUCUUCGCCUGGUGAGCCCGCCCGCACCCGCCGCGCCUUGCCUGCAAUAAACAUGUUUGUUCCAAACCCGGGGGCCGCGUGCCUCCUGCGUGUCCCCUCCGGCCCCGGGGCAGGGGCCCAGUCUGCCGACAGGGCGCCCGGGGCCACAGGCGCCUCUCACCAACCGGGCCGCGCCCCGGGCACCCGGCCCGCCCGCCGCCCACCCCCGCGCGGCACUGUGGCACUUUAUUAAAAUCAUCUGUUUUCCUGUGUA